AUGUUAUCAAGGAUACGGCGACGGAAUGCAGGUCCGCCUCCCGACACGAAAAGUGUCAACUUCACCUCGGAGCAUUUGACAGUAUCCAAGACAAUAGCGAGGCGGAAGAAAGUGUUGGGUUUGAUAUGGGACAAAAUCCCUCUCAUCCGCGCGGUAUUGGCCAUAGGGGGACUCUUGUGGCUACUUGCAAUCCCAUAUGAAGGAUUAUGGAAGGGGACGUAUGUAGAUGAACAUGCCUUACAGCCUGGUCAGGUGACAACAUACUUUGAUUGGGGCAACGUACAUAAAGCGGAUCUGUAUCUAGAUAGAUUGGAGAGAAUAGUGAAUGGUACAUUCGAAGAACGAUCAACAUAUCUACAAGAUACAUUCUCAUCAUCUGGUUUAUCUACAUCCAACACCUCCACGUCAACAUACGCUCACGUCAAACCACCUCGAUCGAAGGGUACGGAGAGUGUACUCGUUUCUGCGAACUGGAUAUCGAGGGAUGGAACACCGAAUCUGAGAGGGGUAGCUACGUUGUUAGCUAUGAGUGAUUUCUUGAAAGGUCAAAAUCACUGGGCAUUCAAUUUUAUCUUAGUAGUUGGAGAAGGGUAUAUGGAAGGUUUAGAAGGGUUCAUGAGAGAGUAUCCCACAUUGUUCAAUGGUGUGAUAUGGACAGGGUUGAACAUUGAUUAUCCGGGUCAUUCAUUCUCCCAUAUCGGACUAUUCUAUGAAGGGGUAAAUGGUAGAUUACCAAAUCAAGAUAUACUCAAUACCAUCUCACGAGUUGCCCAGUUCACUGGAGGUGUACCGACAAGAUACCACAAUAUACCUGAUGAAGUACCUUCAAUAGGUCCAGAAUGGUUCGGCAAAUACCUUCUGGCGUCUAAACAUCUAUUGAGUCAUUUCGGAUGUAUGAUAACUGGAAGAGCAAGUGCAGCUCAUGGGGUGUUAGCGAGACAUCGUAUCGACUCUCUCACCUUAUACUGUACCCCUUCCGAAGGUCCACACGGCUUCCACACCUUAGGACGCACUCUCGAAUCAUCCCUACGUUCCCUAAAUAACCUACUCGAACGUCUUCACGCCUCGUAUUUCUUCUAUUUACUUCCUAGACCUUGGAACUUCAUUCCUAUAGGUCAUUAUUUGCCUUCGGCAAUCUUACUUUCUGCAUCUAUCACUAUAGGUGGAUUCGAUAUUCCACUUCCAUUAGAAGGUCUAGUCUACGUUCUUCCUGGAUUUAUCGCAUCAUUCGUAUUUUGGAUUGCAUCCUGUCCUCCUAUUGUUUGGUAUUCAUUCAUGAUCAGUCCUCUGAUCUUGAAGCUACAGCGGCGGUUGAGAGGAAACGGCGGUAAUCAAAUCAAAGCAAGUAGAGAAUUACUUCGAUCUAUUAAAGGAUUAUUAAGAUUAUUGUACGGAAGUUUAAUAGCUACUUUAUCAAUGAUCAAUUUCCCUCAAUCAAUAUUCCUAGCUCUUAUCUCCCUUCUCUACCUCACGGAUUUUCCCAAAUCUAUCAAAUACUUGAUACUCGUGGUUAGCCAACCGGGUUUGGUAUUGUGGUUAUUGAAGUAUAGCUUGGAUGUUGAUUUGGACUUGGCGAAAGAUUGGUUGGAAUUGGGUAAUUUGACUUAUCCUCUUGGGGUAUAUGGGAUCUGGGGUUCACUGUGGAUCAAUUCUGUCUUACUGUUAAAAGACGAAUAG